UAUAUAUAUUUAUAUUUAUAUUGAAAAAAAAAAAUGCAUUCAUUGUUGAUUCAGUGGCGUGGUAGGGAGUGAUUCGAACAGACUAGAGUAGAAAGUGUCGACAGAGGCCGGUAAGUGCAAAAUGGAGACUUGAGAAAUACUGAGCAGGUGUGAGAAAAUGGUGAGGUUGUAGUUGAACUGAACAAGCUUUGGGUGGUUUAGGGCUUUUUUUUUUUUUUUGUUUUUUCGAACGGACAUGGAGGCCGCGGUGGUCGACGUCGGCUCCAAGCUUCUCAAAGCAGGACCAGCCAUUCCCGAUCAAGCUCCUUCUUUGAUAAUUCCUACUCAAAUGAAACGCAUACUUGAAGAUGGAACCUUAAAUGAUUGUUCAUCCUGUGAGGAUGUCACUGUUGAUCCAGUUGUGCGAGGUUUUAUUAGAGAUUGGGAUGCAAUGGAAGAUCUGUUACACCAUGUUUUAUAUACUGGCCUUGGAUGGGUAAUGGGCAAUGAAGGACAGAUUCUGUUUACAGAUCCUCUUUGUACUCCCAAGGCUGUUAGAGAACAGUUAGUACAACUGAUGUUUGAAACAUUUAACAUAUCGGGCUUCUAUGCUUCAGAGCAAGCAGUAUUGUCACUCUAUGCAGUAGGACGAAUCUCAGGAUGCACUGUUGAUAUUGGCCAUGGAAAGAUAGAUAUUGCUCCUGUAAUUGAAGGUGCUGUACAGCACAUUGCCUCACGACGGUUUGAAAUCGGAGGCAUUGAUUUGACAAAAUUACUUGCCCAAGAACUUGGAAAAUCCAAUCCACAGGUCAAUAUAAGCAUGUCUGAUGUUGAGAAAAUAAAAGAGCAAUUCUCGUGUUGUGCUGAGGAUGAACUUGCUUAUGAGAAAACCCAAAACGUGAUGCCAGAGAAACACAUCCUUCCUGAUGGACAGGUGAUUACUAUAGGAAGAGAAAGAUAUACUGUUGGUGAGGCCUUAUUCCAACCAUCUAUACUGGGCUUAGAGGCACAUGGAAUUGUUGAGCAGCUUGUUCGUAGCAUUUCAACAGUCUCAUCUGAUAAUCAUCGGCAGUUGCUGGAAAACACUGUACUUUGUGGUGGCACAGCAUCAAUGACGGGUUUUGAAGAUAGGUUUCAGAAAGAAGCUGGUCUAUGCUCAUCUGCUGUUCGUCCGGCUCUAGUUAAGCCACCGGAAUACAUGCCAGAGAACUUGACAAUGUAUUCAGCAUGGGUGGGAGGGGCAAUACUUGCCAAAGUCGUUUUCCCUCAAAAUCAGCACGUAACCAAGGCAGACUACGAUGAAACCGGACCUUCCAUUGUUCACAAGAAAUGCUUUUGAAAAAUAUUCAGCUCUUCUUUAAUGUCUAGGUUACUGCCAUUGAUAUCUUUGUACCAUAGUGUAUGUUGAUGUUACUAGAGAAGAGAAACGGUCGAUCAACUAGAUUCUAGAUGACUGAGAAGUGUCGCAAAAUUAUGCAAUUUGAUCAGGAGGAGACCUCGUUUUGAGCGUUUUGCGACAUGGAGCUUGAGGGAUUAAUGAAACUCAUGUAUGACUACAUUUCCUUUAAUCUCAUGGAAGACUUUGGAAGAAGAAUUAUAAUUAGUGUAGAUCAGCUCCCUUUUAAAUAUACAUUUCUUUGCAUUUGAAA